UGCUUCUUGUUCAAUAUGAGGAUAUUGGGGUUUACGUCCUUAAAAAAACGCUUAUUCCCUAUGCACAUUUUAGAUCCCAGUGCACCUACCAAUAAUUUUAGCUUCAAUCCAGAUGGGUCUGCUGUGAACCCUGGAGCUUUCCAGCAGCAUAUUCGAAGUGAUUCUAAUCUUAUGGCUCAGUUGUUUCAGAAUGAUCCUGAACUAGCACAAGCUGUUCUAGGAAAUGAUCUAAAUAAACUGCAAGACCUUUUACGAGAGCGUCAUCGCCAAAAAUCUGAUUUACGACGUCAACAAGAAGAGGAGCUCGCCCUUCUUUAUGCAGAUCCUUUUGAUGUUGAAGCGCAAAAGAAGAUUGAAGCUGCUAUUCGCCAGAAAGGAAUUGAUGAAAAUUGGGCCGCUGCCUUGGAACAUAACCGUGACGCUUUUGCAAGGGUGGUUAUGUUGUACGUGGACAUGGAGGUUAAUGGUUUCCCAUUAAAGGUAUUGAAAAAGUUGCUCAAGGAUGAUGCCAUAUCCAAAGCAAGGAUUAAUACUGAGGACCGUCGUGAUUACAUGGAUGAUUACCAUGGAUUUUCUUAAUGGAGUAGAAGAGAUUUCAAUACUUUCAUCAGGGCUUGUGAGAAGUAUGGCCGAAAUGACAUAAAAAGUAUUGCUUCUGAAAUGGAAGGGAAAACGGAGGAGGAAGUUGAAAGAUACGCAAAGGUCUUUAAAGAAAGAUAGAAAGAGUUAAAUGAUUAUGAUAGGAUCAUUAAGAAUAUCGAAAGGGGGGAGGCUAGAAUUUCGCGAAAGGACGAGAUCAUGAAAGCUAUUGGGAAGAAAUUGGACCGGUACAAGAAUCCAUGGCUGGAACUCAAGAUUCAGUAUGGUCAGAAUAAAGGGAAAUUGUACAAUGAAGAAUGUGAUCGUUUCAUGAUAUGCAUGGUUCACAAACUUGGGUAUGGGAACUGGGAUGAGUUAAAGGCUGCAUUUCGCACAUCACCCUUGUUUCGUUUUGAUUGGUUUGUGAAGUCUCGCACAACUCAAGAACUUGCAAGGAGGUGUGAUACACUAAUUCGGUUGGUGGAGAAGGAAAACCAAGAGUACGACGAGAGGGAGAGACAAGCUCGUAAAGAGAAGAAGCUUGCCAAGAAUUUGACACCAUGAAAGCGAGCCCUGGCUAGGCAGACUGAGAGUCCCUCUUCCUUAAAGAAGCGGAAGCAAUUGACCAUGGAUGACUAUGUUACUUCAGGAAAGCGUAGGAAAUGAUAUUGAAAUAUAAAAUUAAGAAAUUUUUUUGGGGGAUGAAUCCCCCUUUAAAUUACGGUGUAGCAGUAGUGUGGGCAAGGAGUGCCUCUAGUUUGCGCACUAGUUUGUUAUAUCCCCUUGUUUUUGGAUCAGGGUUCAGAAUUCAUCGUUUCACUGAUGGAAUUGGUAAUAUAUUAGAUCUGAAGAGUUUUGGAAUUUGUAUAAAUGAAACUACUCCAGUAUUUUGUACCUUGUAGUUGAUUUUAGCUGGUCAUCUAAUGAAAUAUACUGUAUUAGCUGCUUAAGGCUAUCCC